CACUGUUUGGGCGCAUCGCGAAGCUACAGUCAUUACAGAUUCAACAUAUCACGCCGCCAUGCUUCCCAGACAAUCGUAUGCGCCUAUGCCGCAUAGCUAUGUUCCUAAUACAAGCCUAUCUGCCACAAUAAAUCUCGACGAGGAAGCCAAGCUCACAACGACUCGUGCCGAGCGAGAUCUCCAGGAUUCCCUGGCCGAAAUAUUCAGCAUUAUAGUUACUUUAGAUGAGCUGGAGAAGGCAUUCUUGAAAGAUGCCAUUCCUGAAGCAGAAUACACAGAGAUUUGCGAACGCUCGCUACGACAAUACAAAGCGCUGCUAACCGACGAGACAAUCGCUAAAGAAUUUGGUGGACUUGAAGAGUUUAAAGCAAAGUGGGAUCUGGAAGCACCUCGAGCUACCGAACGACUGCGCGUCGGCCUCCCAUCCACGACAGUCACGGCCGGAUCAGCAGCACCAGCAGCAGCGCCAUCAGCGGCGGCCACAUCUAAUACAAGCGGUGUUCUUAUUCUCGAAGCGACACAAGAAUUCAUUACCUUUCUGGAUGCUGUCAAGCUCGGUCUCCUCUCCAAGGACCAGCUGCACCCCUUGCUUUCCGACGUCAUCCAGUCGGUAAACCGAGUAACCGACAAGGACUUUGAAAAUAGAGGCAAGAUUGUACAAUGGCUGAUUACGCUCAAUCAAAUGAAAGCCACCGAGGAGCUGAGUGAAUCUCAAGCGCGAGAGUUGGAGUUGGAUAUUCAGCAGGCGUACCAAGGCUUUAGACGCACCUUGACGUGAUGGCGAUGUUUCCACGCAACGAAACUCAUGAUAUAUUCUAUACGAUACCAAUGUAUGAUGUAUAAAAACCAAAGAUAUUAUAAAACUCAUAAUCAUAUCCCAAGUAACUCCCAUACCUUGUGCUAUAUCGUAUGUCUAUACCAAGAACGUCCAAAAACUAGGAUACACAAACUCCUCUUCAAAGAUCCGCCUUACUUGCUCUAGCACGAACUUUUCGACCUUGCCCACGUUUUUGAGACUCUGCUUGCCACUUUCACGCUCACCAAUUUCACUAUCUACUUUAAUCUCUUGCAAUAGACCGCCAAAUCGGGGUUUAUGCUUCGACGCUCCUGUUCCCUUUUCGCCUUCCGCGUCUUCAGUAGAAUCUGGCCCGACGGCCGUCAUGGCAUCCUCGGGGCUAAGAAAGCAGAAGUGAAUGCGCUUGCGUAUAUGAGCCAGCACACCUACUCCGUCAAACGAAAGCCCAGUAAUGUUCAGCUUCAAAGGGAUACCCACAAAGCUAGGCAUGGGAUAGUCGAGCAGGAUCUCUGCCGUUAAGUUCAAGCGGAUAUCUCCCGAAUACUGUAUUCUAAAGACUGCUUGGACAUCCUCCACUCUAGGCUCUUUUCUUUGGACCCGCGGCGGCACAGGGGGUACGGUAUGUGUGUCGUCUUCCUCUUCGUCAUCGUCCACUAUAGCAGAUUCUCCUGCGGGUGUGUCUCUUGUAGGCGGCCGUGAUGUGCCCACUGAUGUUGGCGCAAGCGUCGAUACACUCGACUUUUCUCGUAGACUAUUGGUUGAUGGUAUACUAGAUGGAAAGUUGUCGACGGAGAUGCUACUGAGCGAUGCGUGGCGGCUGUGACUAGGAACGAAUUGCGACGGGUCAAGGCCAGUGCCCAUCCAGUUGUUUCCGUGAUGCGCACCAGCAACCGCCGCCAGCGGCGUAUGGCUACCCGUGCCCAUGUGGUUGUGAAAGUAUCCCAGACCGGGCCCGCCCAGUAUUCCAGGCGUUGAUGUCCCAAAGAAAGGCGCCCCCAUGUCGUGGCCGGCCAUGUCGUGUCUCAUGUCUGAUUUGUCUUGCUUCCUUGCUGAUUGCGCCGCAUGGUGUCUCUCUCGCUCUGCGGCGUGCUCGUCCUCUUCGAAAUCAUCGUCGCUCUCGUCAUCCCCAAGCUCCUGUUCGUAGAAAUCAGGAAGCGGGUUGGUGAUGUCCUUGAGCUCGAGUUCAGGCGGCGUCUUGCCAAAGUCGAAGCCGUGGACGGUGACGGACUUGAUGAAGCGUGGCAGCGGCACAGCUUGGAAUUUAUCGUGAAUGAAGAUGCGUAUGCUCUCCGCCAAUGCCUCGCCGUCCGGGCCGCUGGUCAGAGUCUCCCAAUUCAAGUCUAUCGACAUUUGUCCGGGUUUCGCGAUGAGCUGCUCAUGUGACGUUGGUACACUGCGCAGCUAACAUUGGAGUUGGCGUUGUUGAUGGUUGUGGUGGGGACGCAUCAUAUGACGACGGGCAAGCACAGCAACGUUCACCCCGG